GUCUCGUCUUUCUUCCCUACGUCCGCCUUCAACAACCACAGCAUGAAGCUGUAGUCAAGACGGUAGUUUGAUCGAUUUCUCUACUCUUAAUGAACUUUCAUGGGCAUGGUUUUGAUUGUUGAUGUCUUCAUCUCUUCGGAGCGGGAUUCAUGAAGCACGGGCGAUCAAAGGUCAUCUGGCCGAGAAGGAGCGCUGAGGAGCGUUUGGGUGAUCUCCUAACCUACAGUACCAAGUACCUGCUCAACAAAUUCAUCUUCUCAUCAUAAGUACUUAAGUCCUCACUUGAAGCCGCGGUAGCGAAUGAAGGGCCCUUCUACAUCAUCUUACCCCAUCACAUAACUUUAUACAAACCAGGGCACAACGACAUCACGGCAACUCGCCAGGAUGGAUCGCCCAGAGCCGGGUCUCAUCAGGUGGUCCCCGAACGCAGGGCGCGACCUCUUUCUUCACAUCAACCUCCAGCACCACGUCGUGCAGCUCCAUGAGCCGACAGGCUUCGCCCGGAAAGGCAAAUUCGAGUCGAGGACGCUCGGCAAAUAUGACGAACUACCCCCUCUUACCACCUUUGACUGGUCCCCCUCUGUGCCCGGCCUGGUCGCUGUGGGCACCUCGACCGGCGUUGUCAAUAUCUUGCGCGUCGACGACAACUCAAAUGCAGUCUUGGAUCUCAAUCUCAAAAUGUCCCGUACCUGUCAAGCUGUCGCCUUUAGUACCGCUGGAAAGCUUGCUGUUGCCCUGGACAGAGUGAGAAGUGAUAACUGCCUUUACAUCUGGGACGUCAACCGGCUAUCGACCAUGGAUACCAACGCCCAUGGGUUCAGCAGUGUAGUACCCUUUACCGAUCCCAUAGAUCGUCUUGAGCCCAGUGUGUCAGUAUCCAGCGUUAGGUUCUUCGAGGACAACCCCAAUGUCCUCGUGGCCGGUAUUAAGGGCCAAGGUCUCCGGAUACAUGAUCUAAGAGAACAAAGCCACAGCUCGGUCGUUCAUUUCCCCACCAAAUGUUGCAACAACCUUGCUAUUGACUACGCAGACCAGAAUUACUUUGCUUCCUCGGCCUUGGACCAGCCGGGUGUCAUGGUUUGGGACCGACGUGCGACCCACCGCCAGGUUGCAAGGCCCUCGUACAACGAGGCCGUUAAGGACGACGACUUGCCCUGGGGCGGAGCCUUGCGUCUGGAAAAAGCGGUGCGCGUCCUUACUCAGGAUCCGGCCCAGGACACCAACACCUCCUACAUCCGUUCCAUUCGCUUUUGUCGAGACAAGCCCGGUAUGCUAGGCGUGCUAUCACGGGCCGGCCAGCUCCGGAUCUUGGACACGAGACAUGAAUACGUGGAGCCUAGUGACCAGUUUGAGCACAGCCCGGAGCUACUCGAGGUAGCCAGAUCGUACGAGAUGGACCCUUUCUAUCUGGACAACACCCGCCACAAGCACGAGAAAAUUGUCUCCUUUGACUGGAUCACAAUGCCUUCACCCAUUGCCCAAGCCAGAAUGCUUGUCUUGAGGAAAAAUGGCAAUUUCGAUGUAUUGGAGAAACCGUCCUUUACGUCCGAGUACCCGUUUAAGCUUAUCCCGUGGCAAGCACCCCACCGAGGACUGGAAGAAAGGAUAUCUUAUCAUCAAACCAUGGACUUCGAGAUUCCUCAAACGCAGGAAAUCCUGGGACCCUUCUUGACCGAGAAGGCGUUGGCAAAUAAGCAGCUAUUCGGGCCAGACAAGGCAAACCUUACUGCGGUUGUUGAAGACGCCAUGCAGUCGGACGUGUACACUGACCUGAUAGGCCCGGACGGUUUCAACAGGAUUAGCGAUUUGAAGUUCCCCGAGGGGUAUUCUACGACCGCGCCGAUUGCCGAGAAGUUGGCGGCCCUGAGGAUGACGGUCGGAGGAAGGUCACCAAACGGCUUGAACACGCGAGGUGAACCGUUAGGACAAUUGGAGCGCCAUGAGAACUUGCUAAUGAAACUCAUGGAUCGAAGCAACUUUCCUAGAGAGGCACAAGUGAUUCUUGACCAUACCAUGAUCUUCCGUGCAAAGGAAGGGUAUCUAUUCAACUAUAGGAGAAAUCAGCAGAUCGUGGCCGAUGACCCAUGGCUUCAAGAUAUGUGGGCUUGGAUUACAGGAGCCGACGAAGCAGCUUCAGAUGGCGGGAUGAUGUCUCAUCCUCUUGAUUUGAGCUAUAUGGGAGUGUACACAUUGUGGACAAACGAUCUUGGGAGCAAACCUCAAGCAAGGCUAUCAGACCACUCACAUGCUCCUGACCAAGCUGGUUGGGAGCGUUGCUUGAACGCCAUCAACAAGAAAUUAGGGCUCCCAAAGUUUGAUGGCGUCGAUACGAAGCGUCCUCACCAUCGCGAAAUGUGUCUCGAGAUGUGCAAAUGGGGUCGAAACUAUGAUGCAGAUUUGAUCGAUGGACAAUCUAUCUCCAGCCUGAGCAAAGACGCCUCAGUAUGGCACACAAUGGCGGCUGCUCAAGCCCUCUUCAGAGGCGAUACUAGGGGCGCUGUGCAAGUGCUCAAGCAAGCCAGCACCGAUCAUCCUGAACUCCUCUUUGUCUCCCUCGCACUGCAGCUCGUAGGAAACGUCACGCAAGAGGGAGACAGAAUGAACAAGAACAACGCUGUCAAGGAAGCGCUCGACUUUGACGAACGCGUGGCCUCCAAAACCGACCCCUAUCUGCGCGCAAUCUCAUCCAUUAUUGCCACGGGUGACUGGCUGACCAUUGCCAACCAACGCUCUCUCCCUCUCCGAGAUCGCGUGUACGUCGCCGUGCGCUAUCUGCCCGACGACGCCCUGACAGUUUGGCUCCGCGCCGAAACCGAAGCAGCCAUGGAGGCCGGCAACAUCGAAGGAAUCGUGUUGACCGGCAUUACGGACCCUCUCGUCGACAUCCUCUCCCGCUACGUCUCCAAGUUCGGUGACUUCCAGACCGCUACGCUCGCGCUAUCCAUCUGCUCACCGCGCUUCAUCGACGAUGUGCGCGCCGCGGCCUUCCGCACCGCCUAUCGCGCCUACCUUCAGCGGCACCACGCCUUCUUCCUCCGCGCCAAGUUCGACGUCGAGUCGACCAAGCGGAGCAAGCACCAAGGUCGUCCGACUCUCAGGCCUCCAGGUCGUCAGAUCGCCCUGCGCUGCGUCUACUGCGAUGCCUCGACGAGUCUCCACACUCACAACAAUAGCUCCUCCAACAACUCUAAUCCUAGCGGUCACUUACCUGGAAACGCCUCCCCGUCUAUACCAAGCUUCAUGGUUCAACACGCUGCCGCCCAACAAGCCCAAGCCCAAGCCCAAGCCACCGCGGCCGCAGCGGCUGCAGCGCAGCAACAACCAACAUCUGGAACCUCGGGUAGUGGUGGCGGAGGCGUAACCACGCCCAACAUCCCGAUUCCUCCUCCGCCUCCUCCGCCCGACGCCCUGCAACUCCCGCCGGCGGCUGCGGCGGCGCAAAGCAGUAAGAACCCCUUCACGGAGAAGAUGGUGCAAGCGGGCAUCUCCUGUCCGAACUGCAAACGUCACCUGCCGCGGUGCGUCGUCUGUCUAGAAAUCGUCGGCAUGCCGCGCAGUGACUUAUCGGGCUCUGGCGGUACGGAAGGGACGGGGACGAUGGGUAGAGGAGGCCCAGGAGGAUCAGGUACAGCUGCGGGAGGUGGUUACGGAGGAGGAGCAGGAAUCCAAGCAGGUGGGACAAUGGGUAGUCUUCAUCACGGAGGCGAUGAUCUUCAUCAUCAGAUGUCGGCGGUGGACAUGACGAAUAAAAUGGCGGCGAGGUUUCCGACAUUUUGCUUGCAGUGUGAGCAUGUCCUGCAUUUAGAUCAUGCUAGGGAGUGGUUCGCUAGGCAUCAGGAGUGUCCGGUGCCAGAGUGUAGGUGUAAGUGUAACUUUAGGGCGAAUCCGGAGUUGAGGUAUCGGUAGAUGAGUGGGGAGGUGGAGGCAGGAGGGAGGGAAUGAGGGAGGAAGGAAGGAAGGAAGGCUAAAGGGAGAGAAGGUAAAACGGGUCGGUUACAUAAAGGGGAUUCCACUGCUGGGUGAUACACUGUAGUGAGGGUUCUGGUAUGUAAAGGUGAUUGUCAUGUUGGCAUCAUAUUUAUGAGUAUCGUAGCACUUACCAUAUGGGCCGACACUUUCUUCACUCUACCCUCCUUCUUUACUUACCAUCCAACUCCCUCACGCUCCCCUGCCCUCCUUUCCUGAUAUGAGCCAAGAUGCCUUUGAACUUCUGUGGGUCUCUUGAACAUCGGAUGACUAUGAACUAAAAUACCAUACACAGCCAAUAAACUGAAC